AUGUUCUGCGACAAAUGUCAAGCUUUCUUGGAAGCAUUUUUUUCCGCUUCUAAGAUUUCCGCAUCUGCAGAUCAGAGCGAAAACAACAACGUUGCCUGGGCACAUCAUGAAGAGGUCCUGCAUCAUAGCCUGCGCGAGCUGCGAAUCACAUCGGACCAACUGUGCCCCAUCUGUCGCUCCAUCCUAUCUUCGCCUACACAGUGGGAACUCAGAGAUCUACUUUCGAACGACGAUGAAGAAUUAGACAUAGUGCUAGAGAUUGAUGCGAAGAACGUUACCUUCCCUUCCCUUUUUGUUACGUUCAACGCAGCCGGAGGCAAGAUUGGACGGCUACCUAGGCGCAUGCUAGCUGUGUGCGAUGGCUUCGUUAAAGAUGAGGAAUUAGGUGCAACUCUGAAUCGUACUGCACAACUAGCCAACGACAGCACGGGGUCUGACGCCAGCCUUGAGCUCGCAGGGUACUGGCUGAAGACUUGCUUAGAUACCCACGACAAAUGCCGACAUGAAAGCAACAGCGGCGCGAAUUCAUGGCUGCCGACAAGGCUGAUCGACGUCGCCAACGACACUAUUCGCCUCAUCGAAACAAAAGAAGCUGUUCACGCGGGCGAUGACAGACGUUACGUAUCCCUUAGCCAUUGCUGGGGUCGAGUUCAAAUUAUACGAACAUUGGUCAAGAACCUCCAAGAGCACAAAAAUCGCAUUGAUCCGAAGUUGCUGUCCAAGACCUUCCAAGAAGCAGUACACGUCGUGCGAAAGCUGGGCUAUAGAUAUAUAUGGAUCGAUUCACUUUGCAUCAUCCAGGACGACAAGAGCGACUGGGAAGCCGAAGCCGCCACCAUGUGCGACGUGUACCGCAACGCAACCUUGAAGAUCGCUGCUGCGCCUACGUCUGGAGGAGAUGUAGGUUGCUUUCAGGCAAGAGACGGAUUGAUCCAGUUCCCAUUUCUCGUUGAACUUCCAUCGUCACCAGUUUCGGAAAGCAAAGGUGAUCCGACGCCACCUCGGAGCUUGAUCUUCACCUCCUACGGGCGCACCGAGCAUUCCACAGUAGCACCGCCGCUGUACGGUAGAAGCUGGGUGCUCCAAGAGCAGCUAUUGUCCCCCCGCAUGCUUAUAUUCGACGGACCUCAAAUUCGCUGGGAAUGCAACACCUCCCAUGGCAGCGAAAGAACUCCCCUCGGCGGAAUUAGUCGGCACAUCGGACACUCAAAAGUCCUGCGAGCUGGCAUCUUCAACAAUGAGGAGUUCUUCUCUAUACCAGACAUCGCCAGCACAGAGAACGCAGCACGGUACCAGCUCCAAUACUGGAUGUCCACAGUAAUGGACUACACGCACCGCGGCAUGACCAAAGUCUCUGACCGCCUCGUCGCCAUCGAAGGCAUCGCCCAAGCGCUAAGCCGUCACACUAAGAAGAAGUACUACGCCGGGAUCUGGGAGCAGGACCUCUGGCUCGGUCUCCUCUGGAGCAUUGCGCACGAGAACGAGUUCUCUGGCGAUGUCCCCGACGCCUUCUCCCUCGAGCACAACCCGCGCGUCCGCCACGAAAACGCCAUCGCACCCUCCUGGUCUUGGGUCAGCGUCACCGUCCCCGUCGUCUAUCCCGUCUUCGACAUGCUGAACCUUCACCGCAUGUGCGACAUCCUCACCGUCCGCGUCGCCGGCACGCCCUCCGCCAAAACCGGCUCCCUCAAACUCAGUGGGCACCUCCGCACCGGCUACAUAGAUGCCAUCUAUCCGUUCGCGAACCGUGAGGCCGCAAAAUCCAAUCCCCUGAUGACAGCGUGCAAGCCCGACGGCGCAAAGCAUCUGAUUACGUACCGCGGACGCUCCUUCCAUCCACACGACUUCUUCGUCUUCUCCGACACAUCACCAGAUACGGCGGCCAGCCGCUUCAGCGGUGGGCAGAACUGGCGUCUCGUGAGAGGCACGUUCCGCCCUGACGAAGUCAUCCCGCCCAGCACCCAACUCACCUUCCUCGCCGUCGCACAGUGGCACGUCGGGCAGGAGCCACCCGUCAUGACGCGAACGCACCGCUCUACCGACCCUAUCACCGUGUGGUCCAUCGUGCUCGUCCCGACCGGGGCCGCCGACAACGAGUUCCGCCGGGUGGGUUAUUGUGUGUGGGAGGAUUGUGGCUGGUAUGGGUAUAACUGUGGGAAUAAAGAACGCCCCGGCAGAGGGGUUGAGAGAGAGGCGGGGUGGAAGGGGAUGAUGGCGGGUACGAAUUUGGAGAAGAUGGGGUGGGGUGGGGAGGAGGCUGGGAACGGGGCGCAUAAGCAUGAGUGGGUGAAGGCGGGAGAGACGCCCGAGUUGAAGAGGUAUGGGCAUUGGGUCACUGUGGCGGAGAGGAUGGUCACUGUGGUAUAG